AUGGCAAUCGUUGACCUCCUCUUCACCUGGUGGUCUCUCCCCAUCGCCGCAGGUCUUGUCGUCGCUUCAUACCUCUACUCAUAUUUCGUUACAUACGGUCAUCUUCGAAACAUCCCCGCGCCUUUCCCCGCGCAGUUCUCAAAUCUAUGGCUUCUCUACGUCUGCAGACGCGGCGAGCGAUAUCGCGUCGUGGAUGAGAUUCACAAGCAACUCGGACCCGUUAUUCGUAUUCAGCCAAACCACACUUCCAUCGCUGACGCAGAAGCUAUCGCGACAAUUUAUGGUCAUGGAAAUGGUUUCUUGAAGUCUGAAUUUUAUGACGCGUUUGUGUCCAUUCGAAGAGGUCUUUUCAACACCCGCGAUCGCUCAGAGCACACGCGUAAGCGCAAGCUCAUCUCACACGUCUUCUCAGCAAAGUCCAUCAGUCAAUUCGAACCAUACAUCCACGCCAAUCUUGAACUUUUCGUGCAACAGCUCGAUAAGCUCGUCGCAUCUGGUCAAACCGACAAGAACGGCAAGCGAGAAGCCCUCAUCGAUUGUCUCCCAUGGUUCAAUUAUCUCGCCUUUGAUGUCAUCGGUGAUCUCGCAUUCGGUGUACCAUUCGGAAUGCUCGCCAACGGCGCUGACGUAGCUGAAGUGAGAGAAACACCCGACAGCGCGCCGAUUUAUGCUUCCGCCAUUGAGAUUCUGAACAGAAGAGGUGAAGUCAGUGCCACGUUGGGAUGUUUUCCUCAGUUGAAGCCUUAUGCUCAGUGGUUACCUGAUCCGUUCUUCAGCAAUGGACUCAACGCUGUGAAGAACCUGGCAGGAAUUGCUAUUGCGCGCGUCAAGAACAGACUCGACAAUCCACCAUCCAUUGAACGAGAAGACCUUCUCGCUAGAUUGAUGGAAGGAAGAGAUGAAAAAGGCGAACCACUGGGCCGUGAGGAAUUGACGGCUGAAGCGUUGACGCAGCUCAUCGCUGGUAGCGAUACAACAUCUAACUCAUCAUGCGCUCUACUCUACCAUGUCACACGAACUCCAGGUGUUCUUGAGAAGUUGCAAUCCGAACUCGACAACGCCAUCCCGUCGGAAGUGGAAGUACCCACGUACGACAUGGUCCGCGAUCUUCCCUACCUAGCCAACGUCAUCAACGAAACCCUUCGUUACCAUUCAACAUCCGGCAUCGGCCUCCCACGUCAAAUCCCACCCAACUCGCCCGGCGUCACAAUCAAAGGGUACUAUUUCCCACCAGGCAGUGUCCUCAGCGUUCCGACAUACACGCUGCACCACUCUAAAGAGAUCUGGGGCCCAGACGCAGAUGACUUCAGACCGGAGCGCUGGGAGAACCCCACGGAUUUACAAAAGAUGGCGUUUAAUCCGUUCAGUCAUGGACCCAGGGCAUGCGUGGGGAGGAAUGUCGCUGAGAUGGAGAUGAAGUUGAUCGCAGCGACGUGGGCGAGGAGAUAUGUACCUGAGCUGAGGCAGGGGGUCAUGGAGACGAGAGAGGGGUUUUUGAGAAAGCCGCUUGGGUUGGAUAUUGCUUUGAAGAUGAGAGACUAG